AUGGUAACAGGUGAAACCAUAACUGUUGAGUUUUCUAACGAUAACAUAGACAACGAGCAUUGGGCAGGCAUUGCGUUUGGCGAGACAAUGCAUGACCUCGAAAUAGUUGUGGCGAAAAUUCACGAGAACAGAACAUCGUUAGCGACGGGAUUCACGUAUGGUUAUGGUUGGGUGGCUUUGGAUCCAAUGCCGGUCGUUCAAGAACUACUGCUCUCCUACAAAUCUAAGCGUUUGAGGUUCGUUUUCAGUCGACCGUUGGGAAAACAUGGACCGAGAGAGCACUCAUUGGAAGGAUGCCAGACGUGGAACUUCAUGAAAGAAGGCGAUAUAGUGGCAGGACACGUUUUUCAACACAGUAAACCACUGCCAGUGAAAGUCUGUCCGAAAAAGUGUAAAUCGAAAAUCCUUCGCUUAUCAACUGACAACUGA